AUGAAGCAUGACAGGCUUUGGGUCAAAUGGAUCCAUGUGUACUCUGUAAAGAAUAGAGAUUUCUGGACAAUGGACAUUCCUGCUGGGUUGACUUGGUCCUUGAGGAAAAUAUGGGCUGGUAGAGAUGUUGUUCUGAGCACUGGUGGGUUUGAUCAGUUUCAGCAUGCUGGUAAGUAUAGCAUUCAGAAAAUGUACAAGCAUUUGAGGCAUUACAGUAGCACAGUGCAGUGGAAAAGGAUCACUUGUAAUAGUAAAGCUACCCCUAAAGCAAUCUUUGUCACUUGGUUAGCUCUGCUGAACAGAUUAGCUACAAAGGAUAGGCUAGUCAAGUGGAACUUGAAUGUGGAUAAGCAGUGUGUUUUGUGUCAGGAAAAGGAGGAGACUGUUCAGCACUUAUUUUUUGAGUGCAAUUACUCCAGUUCAAACUGGAAAGUGGUUUUGCAGAGAAUUGGUGUUGGUGUUCAAAGGAAUACAUGGGAAGAAGAAGUUAUGUGGGCAGCUAAAAAGAGCAGAGGUUCUAGAGCUAAGGAUAAAGUUUGCAGCUAUGCUUUCACUGAAACUAUCUAUGCAGUGUGGCUUCAAAGAAAUGCCAAGCUAUUUAGAAAUACUCUUGACUCUAGUGUAGCUGUUAGUAAUAGGAUUCUUUACCAUAUUGCUUGUAGAAGUGAUGAUAGUAUGAGGAGUUGUAUACAUUAG